AAUUAUUCCCUUCUCCCUCGCGAACUUCUCCUUUCCCUCUCGACCUGCUGCUCCUCCGUGAGCAAGGAAAACUGAACGGCGGGCUUCAUCGGACGGCCACGACGUCGGGGCUUCAAACAGCGAACUAUCGGACGGAGGUGGAGUUGCGUUUCGACGACUUAGACAUCCUUCCAAACUCGGGCUUGCGGCUGAUUUGCGGGUUGAAGUUGUUUUCUCGACUUGUAAUCGCUAUCCUAGUUGGUGGCAACUCUAGCCGCAUAAAUACUUGCAGUUGUAGUCUCCCUGUUUUUCCAAGAAACAAGUGCUUGCUGAACAAUUUGCUUUGCAGCCGAACUUUUGCGGUAGGCUGUAUUUGAUAGUCUAUCCAUGGCCACAGAACCAAUGCAGUCUACGUCUUCUCAAAAGAGAAGGCUAAAGAGAAAGAAAACCCAGAAAGACCCAGAAUUGGAACGUCUCGACUCACUCCCGUGGAACUCCUCAAUCCCUAGCGACGACACUUUAUCUGCAUUCAUUGGUUCCAAUGAUCUGGAAGGAGGUUUUCUUUCGCUUGAGGAGAUCGACGAAGCUGAGUAUGGCUUGGCGAUUCCGGAACCUGGUACAAUGAAACGCAAGUUGAUAUCAAACGCCAGUGGAAAUUCAAGGAAAGGUGAGCAAAAAAAUGUCGAUAAUUGUGGGGAUGCAUCACGAGAUACUGAUGAUAGUAUCAAUAAGGAAGCGGUGGGACACAAUGUGAAUAUGAAAACUAGCAAAAAAGGGAAAAAGGAGAAGAAAAAGAAGAAAAAGAAGAAGGUCAUUCACGAAGUCCCAACGGCCGAGGAAGUUGUGACUGAAGAUAUAGGUGGCAGUGAUAAUGAUGGGAUUGAGACAGAGAUUGGAGAUGAAAUGGACGAUGACGAUCAUUUGGAAACGGAGAAGAAGCGACAGAAGAAAGAAAAAGAAACAAAGAACCAUGGAAUUGAUAAAGAAAUCAGGGAUGAAGUUGAAAAGUAUGCAGUUGAUGAAACUGAAUAUUAUGCAUGGAAUGAGUUGAGACUCCAUCCUUUGCUUAUGAAAUCGAUCUACAAACUUGGGUUUAAGGAACCGACAGCAAUCCAGAAAGCUUGUAUUCCAGCUGCUGCUUACCAGGGGAAGGAUGUUGUUGGUGCUGCUGAGACAGGAUCUGGAAAAACACUAGCUUUUGGAUUGCCAAUCCUACAACGUUUCUUGGACGAACGAGAGAAAUCUGGAAAGAUGUCUGAAGAAAAAGGAGUAGAUGCAAAAAGAUAUGCUCCCAGAAGUCUUCUACGGGCUCUAAUUAUUACUCCUACUAGAGAACUUGCUCUUCAGGUUACUGAUCAUCUCAAGGCAGUCGCAGUAGGUACAGAUAUCAGGGUGGUUCCAAUUGUUGGUGGGAUGUCCACUGAAAAGCAGGAAAGGCUUUUAAGGAUGAGGCCAGAGGUUGUAGUUGGAACUCCAGGGCGGUUGUGGGAACUUAUGUCAGGAGGAGAAAAGCAUCUGGUUGAGUUGCAGACGUUGUCUUUCUUUGUGCUGGAUGAGGCUGAUAGGAUGAUAGAAAAUGGACACUUUCGUGAGUUGCAGUCCAUUAUAGAUAUGCUUCCUGUGACCAAUGGUUCUGCAGAAAAUUUACAAAAUGCAGAAAACUCUUUGACCACUCCAAGUUCUCAAAGAAAGAAAAGGCAAACACUUGUGUUUUCUGCUACAUUGUCACUAUCUUCUGAUUUCCGUAAGAAACUAAAGCGUGGAUCAUUGAGACCUAAUCAAUCGGGGAUUGAUGGUUUUAAUUCUAUAGAGGCUCUAUCUGAGAGAGCUGGGAUAAGACCUAAUGUUGCUAUUAUAAAUCUGACAAACACAUCAGUUUUGGCAAAUAAUCUUGAAGAAUCAUUUAUAGAAUGCAGGGAAGAAGACAAAGAUGCUUAUUUGUAUUACAUUCUGUCUGUUUAUGGACAAGGCCGCACUAUUGUGUUCUGUACAUCCAUUGCUGCAUUACGGCAUAUUGCUGCUUUAUUAUCCAUUGUUGGUGUUAACGUCUUGACUCUUCAUGCUCAAAGGCAGCAACGGGCACGCUUGAAGGCAAUUGACCGUUUCCGUGGAAAUCAUAAUGGGAUACUGAUUGCCACUGAUGUUGCGGCUCGAGGCCUUGAUAUUCCUGGUGUUCGAACUGUUGUCCACUAUCAACUACCACAUUCAGCUGAGGUUUAUGUUCAUAGAAGUGGAAGAACAGCCAGAGCUUCUGCUGAUGGAUGCAGUAUCGCAUUGGUCUCAGCCAAUGAAACUUCCAAAUUUGCAUCACUGUGCAAAUCAUUCUCUAAGGAAAGCUUCCAGCGGUUUCCUGUUGAUAAUUCAUACAUGCCAGAGGUUCUAAAACGUUUGUCACUUGCACGCCAGAUCGACAAGAUUCUGCGGAAGGAGUCCCAGGAGAAGGCAAGUAAAACCUGGUUUGAGCGGAAUGCAGAGCUAGUGGAAUUAGUUCUGGACAACGAUGACAGUGAAGAGGAGAGAUUAAACAAUUAUAAGCAGAAGAAAGUUGGCUCCAUUCAUUUAAAGAAAUUGCAACAGGAGCUCGAGAAGCUUCUUUCCCACCCUUUGCAACCAAAAUCAUUUUCACAUCGAUAUUUGGCUGGUGCUGGGGUUUCACCUCUUCUGCAACAUCAAUUUGAAGAACUGGCCAAGCAGAACACAUCUGUUCAGAAUAUGGAAGAUGACAAAAGGAGGAAGUUGGCUGCUUUUGGUCAAGAUCUUACAGAGCCACUUCAAGCACUUCGAACUGGUGGUCAACGGGUACAUAUGGAUGCAAAAGAGAUGGCUGAAAAACGGAGGAAAAUGGAGAACCUUAGGAGAAAGAAAAAAGAGGAGAAAAAACGCUUGCGUGAUCAGCGGAGAAAUAAACGGAAACAAAUGAAAGGCAAGAUUUAGAAAAUUGAUCCUUCUGGUAAACUGUGCAUUAAAGUUUAUAGAACUAAUGAACAAUGAUACGAUGUUCUUGUGUUAGUUUGAGUUAUUAGGUCUAAUUUUUUGGGUUAAAUUUUGAACAAAAAUUGCCGAUUUUGGUACCUAUAGGGGGGAAAUCAUAAUUUUCAGCAGAGAUGGGUAGAUUGGCUAUAAUUUUAUACCAAUUUUGUGUAGAUGGAAAACUGUUGGAAUGUUAAAGGCAUAGUUUUUAAGUGACAUUUGAGGCAGAUUUUGAUCCUGCCUUUGAUGGGGUUUGGAUAUUGUUGCCUUAGCAAUUGUUUUCUAAAUGAGUAAUACUUUUGAGAUACCAAUGCAAA